AUGAAUAUAAAGAUGAAAAUAGAGGCCAUCUCCGGUUCGUUGCUUGACAACCACAAUAGUGCUUCAAGAGGGGAAGGGGCAUCUUUGGCAGUGCCAGUAAGAGAAAUUACUAGAACAUCUUCUGAGGUACCAGUUUGGAGAUCAUCAGAGGGACCUGCUUGGGGACCCGAAGAACGACGACCUGUCAGACUUGAAAGGGGUUAUGCUGUGAAUCCUGCUACAGAUCUUGCUGUGAUGCCUGCUCAAGAAUUGGCAAUGAUUCCUGCAAGGGGCCGUUCCAUGAGCCCUGCAAGAGGAUACCCUGAGAGAUGUGGUAGAGAACGUGCCAAGAGUCUUCCAAGGGGAUACACUAGGAGACAAGCAAGGCCAAGAACCGUGAGUCCUCCCAGGAUGCAUGCUGUGAGUUCUGCACAGGAAACUGCUCUGCAACAGGCACGAAGAUUUCCCAUGAGACGUGAAGAAGAAUUUCUUCUGGGAGCUGCAAUGGGACUUAUUGUGAAAUCAGCAGAAGGAUAUGAUGAAGAAAAUUUCAGAGCUGUCAGACAAUCUACCCAGUUUGCUUCUGAUGAUGAUCAAAAUGAAAGUGGAUCCUCAAUCUUAAUGGAUUUUAUAAAUUGCUUCAUGAAGGCAAAGGCCCAAAACUGGAUCGAUUUGUCUUGGUUUAGAAGGCUCUUGCCCACAUUUUUCUCUGAGGAAAAUCGUCGUUCUUUGUCUAAAACUCGAUUCUGUGCAAUAGCCUGUACUAACCUGGGCCAUGGAAAUUGUGAGGGAUGGCUUUGGCAUAAAAGAGAGUCUAGAGGAAUCUCCCUUUUCAGUUGGAAAAAAUACUGGUUUAUUCUGAAACACUCAACUCUCUACUGGUUCUCACAUCUGAAUGACACCAAGGCUGAUGGUUUCAUAUACCUACCAGAAUUCCGAAUUGACUUAGCUCCACACUGCCGAAGAGAACAUGCUUUCCAAGCCACCCAUGCAAGAAUCAAGGAUUUCUACUUUGCUGGUACAUGCUUGGAUGAGAUGAAUUAUUGGGUAUGUCAAAUGUUACAGUUAGCAUUUGGUUCUUCCUUUGGAGAUGCAGCUGCUAAUGCAGAAUACAGACGUGUGAGUUCUGUGAUUUAUGAGAGAUGUGUUAUAGCCUUGAGGAGAAACUUCCCUGUGAUUUGGUGUAACUACUGCCAAGAAGCAACUACU